ACUCCUGCUCUUGCUUUUCUAUGUUUUGUUGCAAUUAGGGGUGUUACUGGAAUUCAAGUGCGUAGAAACUCUAACCUUCAAGAGCCACUGCUUCUUGAAGAAGAAGCAGGGUGUCUUAAUGUUACCCCUUAUAGUGAAGCUGGCCUUUUUAGUUUGGCCACUCUUUCCUGGUUGAAUUCACUUCUUUCCAUAGGGGCAAAGAGACCGCUUGAGCUAAAGGAUAUUCCAUUGCUUGCACCGAAAGAUCGUUGCAAGACAAAUUAUAAGAUAUUGAACUUGAAUUGGGAGAAGUUGGAGAAUCCUUGUAAGCAGCCUUCUUUAGCUUGGGCAAUUCUCAAAUCUUUCUGGAAGGAGGCUGCUUGUAAUGCAGUAUUUGCAGGGGUGAACACCUUAGUUUCAUAUGUGGGUCCUUAUAUGAUUAGCUACUUUGUGGAUUACUUGGGAGGAAGGGAGACUUUCCCGCAUGAGGGCUACAUUCUUGCAGGAAUUUUCUUCACUGCAAAAUUAAUGGAGACCUUCACAACCCGGCAAUGGUAUCUUGGAGUCGACAUUUUGGGAAUGCAUGUUAGAUCAGCUCUCACAGCAAUGGUAUAUCGGAAAGGACUCAGGCUUUCGAGUUCAGCCAGGCAGAGUCACACGAGUGGGGAGAUCGUUAACUACAUGGCAGUUGACGUGCAAAGAGUCGGGGACUAUUCUUGGUAUCUACAUGACAUAUGGAUGCUUCCUCUUCAAAUUGUCCUUGCCCUUGCUAUUUUAUAUAAGAACGUCGGGAUUGCAUCUGCUGCCACAUUGGUUGCCACUAUUAUAUCCAUUGUUGCAACUGUUCCAUUGGCAAGGGUUCAAGAAGAUUACCAAGACAAGUUAAUGUCCGCCAAGGAUGAGAGGAUGAGGAAGACUUCUGAAUGCCUUGGGAAUAUGAGGAUUCUCAAGUUGCAAGCAUGGGAGGAAAGAUACAGAGCUUUGCUCGAAGAUAUGCGAAGUGUGGAAUUCAAGUAUCUCCGAAAAGCUCUUUACUCACAG